UUAACAUGUAAGUGUGAAAUAGUUAAAGAAUAAAAAAACAUGCGCAGAUAUCAUUUAGGGAUACUGUCAAUGAAAUCGCGAUAAGAAUGACGUGGACGGAAGAACUGGAUGAGGCAGCUGAACUCGCAACGAGGAAGGGUUACUGGCAUGUACUGCUGUUCUACCUCUUGUGUGGACUUGCUUCAAUUCCGACGUCCUUCUUAGUCUUCUCUCAGGUCUUCAUCAACGCUACACCCGAGCAUUGGUGCGCACCACCUCCAGAACUUAAGGGGCUGAACCUCCCAGAAGACCUGCUCCGAAAUUUGACGAUACCAGGAGAACAUAAAGUUUAUGAUGCUUGUAAGAGCUAUUCGCUCGAUAUACAGGCUUUGUAUACUGCCCUCAAUAAAUAUGUGGAUGAAAGAUCUGAACUUAUUAAGGUAGGAGAAACGGUCACUACUAUAAGAAUUAAGGAGUUUAUUCCUGCAGUUGGACUGGAAGAGAGAAAAGAGCAGAUACAUCAAGUCGAAGAAGCUAUUUUGAAUAAUCGUCAAGAACCUACGAAUUGCCCUCACGGUUGGAUGUUUAGCACUGAACAUUAUAAAAGUACAUUAGUCACUGAGUUUUCACUAGUCUGCGAUAAAGAUUGGUUACCCAGAACAAGUAACACACUUUUUUGGGUGGGAUCAAUCUUUGGUAACUUGUUUUUUGGAUGGUUCUCAGACAGAUACGGGCGUCGUCCAACUAUACUUCUAAUGAUAUUACUGGAAGUACCGCUUGCGAUCGCUGCGUCUUUCCCUGGAAAUUAUUGGACCUACAUUGCAUUAAGAGUAGCUGGCGGACUAUUUUUCCCAGCACUUUACCAGCUGCCCUUUAUCCUGGCCUUGGAGCUGAUGCCACCCGCCAGAAGAACGUAUACGGGCAUUGUAGUCGGCAUGCUGUUCGCUAGCGGUAUGUGUUUGCUGGCGCUUUUGGCGUAUCUACUACGAGAUUGGUACUAUCUCUCAUUAGCAACGAGCCUUCCGUUCAUACUAUUAUUUGGAUAUUACUGGCUGAUUCCAGAAUCACCGAGAUGGUUAGUCGGUAGAGGAAGAAUAGCGGACGCUGAAAAAGUCCUAAGAAAUCUAGCGAAGAGAAAUGGUAUUAUUUUAGAACAUGGAUUCCUCUUAGAGUUACACAAAAAAAGAGAUGACGAACUGGCGUCUGAAGUAUCAAUUCUACCAAACAUUAAUGGUUUUAUACCAGGUAAAGAAAGAGAAGAGUAUAUGGAUAGACGAAUAAGCAAGAUGCUUCCAUGCAAACCUGAUUUUACAAGGAUUGAGGAAAUUGACGAUGAAGCUAACGAAAGUCUAAACAAAACAAUAGACGCAACCCUAAGGCCUAAAAGAGACUCAGAUAGUCAUAAAGAUGAAACAGCUAUGCUUAGUCCUGAGGAAAUACCACCCAACUUAGAUCCUCUUCAUAAAACAUUACAAAUAGAUUAUCCGUCCUCAAUUCACACUUUUAGAAGGAAAUCUAUACAAAUAGUACAUAGAAUACUUCUGAAAGAAGAAGAAGAUAUUGUAGAGAAGAAGAGAAUGGAUGAUCAGAAUUCAGAAGGAGAUUGCAAAGCAUCUCCAUUAGACGUAUUUAGGUACCCUAAUAUUAGGAAGAAGUUUUUUUUAAUUACAUUUAAUUGGGUAGCAUUAGGAAUAGUUUACAACAGCUUAAGUUACAAUACACCUAACUUAGGAGUUGAUGACUACUUAGCAUUUUUUAUCGGAGGUGCAGUAGAAAUACCAUCAUAUUUUAUAGCCUGGAAAUGUAUGGAAAGGUACGGACGGCGCUGGGUAUUGUGUGUUUUUAUGAGUAUUGGAGGCCUUGCUUGUCUCAGCUGCGCUCUAGUUCCGGAAGCUUGGCCCUGGAUAACGGUGUCACUUGCGAUGCUGGGUAGGCUUUGCGCUGCGGCAUCAUUUGCUGUGUUCUACGUUCAAAUUGGGGAGUUGCUGCCAACGGUGAUGCGGGCUCAGACUAUGGGUGCGUCUUCUGUUAUCGCUGGUGUGGGACUACUGUCGUGUCCAUAUAUCGUGUCUUUGGCAGUUUAUUCAAGAUCUCUUCCUCUCAUCAUCAUGGGUGUACUUAGCGUUGUUGCCGGGGUGACUUCACUGUUUUUGCCGGAAACCCUGAACCAGCCUCUGCCGCAAACCUUGGAAGACGGCGAAUCGUUUGGAAGAGACUUCAAGCUGUUGAGUUGUGUUGAAACCAGAUGAAAUCAUUCUUAGAUUUAAUGAGUUUAGUAAAUGUCGUAGUAAAAAUAUGCGAAUCAAAGAGCAAAAUAGUGGGGCGUUUUAAAUGCCUAAGGUUAUCCGUUGCAUUUCUUAUGAUAUUAAAAAUCACUAAUUGCAUGUAAAACACCUUCGUGUUGAUAAAUGGCUACCCCUGUCCCAAAUAAAUUGGCUACACGCUCCAGUAUCUGAUUUAUUAAAUCACAAUUGUGGAUAUGUUUUGGACGCUAUUGAUAUCGUCUCUUGUAAGAAACAAGACAAUGAUGAUAUAAUGUUCAUAAUAGAUGAUACUUUCAAAAUAACCCACUGGAUCUUAAUCAACACCCUGAUUUGCUUAAGGGAACGAAAUACUUGCUAUCUCGUUGAAGCCAAAUCAUAAGAUAGAGGUGGCAUAUUUCAAUCUUGAUAAAUUUACUUAGUCUCGGGACUGUGUGCAAAAAUAACAGCAUUAAUUUUGUAUAUAGUUAUUAACUACAGUAGGUACCCUUAGCAGUAAAGCGUCUUAUUAAGAAUUUUUGAAUCGUCAUUUUUAAAGAUAAUUAAAUUUAUAUGAUUAGUAGAUUUUAAUGAAAGAAACUGGCAUGUUACAAUUUUGUUUAUGUACAGACUAUUUACAAUACAUUACAUAGUAAAGUGCGUUUAUGUACUAAUGGCAGAAUAUUAUCAACCAGAUUUAAAUUGAAAUCUCAGAAGUACUUCUGAGUGAUAAAUCGAUAACAGAAGUGCUGUUCUGAUCGACUUACGGCCAUUCGUUAUUUUGAUUCUUAUCUCCUUUAACAUAUUUUAUUUAUUGCAACAAGUGUCGCAUAAUACUAUUUGACAAUUCGAGUUGUUGAGGCGCUUUGCGUUGAGAGUCGAGUUUUGUUCUUAUAGAAUAGUACAAUUUGGAUGUUUUUUUUUUUGUUAGUAUGUACGUGUUUCAUUGUAUCUGUAUUUGUGACUGUAUAUUGGUGUGCGUAUUAUAUAAGUUAUAGAUAUAGUUUGUGUAAUUUUGUUUCAAUGUUAGCCAUAAUUAAAUCGUUUUAUGUUAUUAAUAGUUGAUAUAAUUAUUGUUUUUUUUUUUAA